CGCCUCCCGCCCUACGCUAGACGGGAUUGGGCGCUCGCCGGUGAGGUCAUCGCCAGGCGCCUAGGUGGGAAGCGGGAAGCGCAGAGUUACCUGGGUCAUUAUGGCAGUCAAGUGGACUGGUGGACAUUCUUCUCCUAUUCUCUGCCUGAAUGCAAGUCAAGAAGGGCUCGUGGCUUCUGGAGCAGAAGGUGGAGAUCUCACGGUUUGGGGUGAAGAUGGGACUCUUUUAGGACACACGUGCUUCCAAGGGGCAGAGGAUGUUACCAACGUCUUAUUUUCUCCAUCCUGCCCCACCAAACUCUAUGCUUCACAUGGAGAAACUAUUAGCAUACUGGAUGUCAGGUCUCUUAAGGAACCCUUGGACGAUUUUCAUGUGAAUGAAGAAGAAAUCAACUGUCUUUCAUUAAAUGAAACUGAAAACCUGCUGGCUUCUGCUGAUGACUCUGGAACAAUCAAAAUCCUAGACCUGGAAAAUAAGAAAAUUAGCAGAUCACUGAAGAGACAUUCUAAUAUCUGUUCUUCUGUAGCUUUUCGACCUCAAAGGCCUCAGAGCCUGGUGUCAUGUGGACUGGAUAUGCAGGUGAUGCUGUGGAACCUUCGGAAAGCCCGGCCACUCUGGAUUACAAAUUUACAGGAGGAUGAAACAGAAGAAAUGGAAAGUCCACAAUCACCUGGUCAGCUUUUAAACCCGGCCUUAGCCCACUCUGUGUCUGUGGCAUCGUGUGGCAAUGUUUUUAGUUGCGGUGCAGAAGAUGGUAAGGUUCGAAUCUUUAGGGUGAUGGGAGUCAAGUGUGAACAGGAACUGGGAUUUAAGGGCCAUACUUUGGGGGUUUCCCAAGUCUGCUUUCUGCGAGAAUCCUAUUUGCUGCUUACUGGAGGGAAUGAUGGAAAGAUAAAGCUGUGGGAUGUAAGCAGUGAAAUUGAAAAAAAACAUAAGAGUCCAACCAAACAUACUCACAGGAAGAAAACCAAAAGGGCAACUUACACCAAGCAAGGUAGAAACACUCAUGCUUCAGUAACAGGUGAAGAUGAACAUGGCAAAAUUUUACCAAAGUUAAGUAUUGAACAUGGAGAAAAAGUGAACUGGCUGUUAAGUACAAAAAUAAAAGGGUACCAAAAUAUAUUGGUAGCUGAUCAAACUAGUUGUAUAUCAGUGUAUCCCUUAAAAGAAUUUUAAAUCCAAUAAAACAUUUGAAAAACCACA